GACGAUGCAUUUUUCAUUGGUGGCGUCGAUUUUCCAAUUCCCAUUGGCGCUAACGGUGCCGGUGUGCGAUUUCCGCUCUCCGGUGCUUUCGAGUAUGGAACAUCGCCAUUUGCAUAUGCACACGGCGAUGCAUUCAAUCCCUGACGGCUUUGCGGCACCAACGAUGAACGACUAGAACGAUCAGAGAUUUAUUGUGGCCGAGGCCCACCCAGCUUCAAUGGACGUAACAAAUUGCUAUGCAACAACAGAUCAGCUGCAGUGCUUUGGCAUGGCCUGGUGCUCGGAGGAAAGCGUAGUCGGGAAGCCUGA